GUAGUUGUUAGUUAGCUGGAGGAGUAGGAGGAACAAAGUAGUUUGAAACAGCUGAGGAGGACAACCCUCCAGCAACUGAUAGUUUGAGAAAACCCCAUUUCACCAAAUCUGAAUAAAGUAGCCAAUUAAAAUGUUAACAGAAAAAUUAAAAAUGUUUGUCGAUCUUUCACUCUUCUCUUCCUCUAUAUUUCCUAUUGGCACCACUAAUCUUUUCCAUCCAUCACCUACUCCUUUCUCAUGUAUUCACUUCGCAGUCGUAAAACCCCAGUCUUCUUCUCCUCCAACUUACUCAAGAUGAAGCAGAAUGUCCGGAAGAACAAUAAUUUUUCCAUAUUUGUGGUUGUAUUCUCCAUAUUCCUCUUUGGAUGCUUCAUGUACAAUGAAGAUGUCAAGACAAUUGCUGAAUUCCCAUUUUCCAUGACCAGAACUCAAGAUAUCACCACUGUAUCUUUGAAUCAACAAACUGGGGUUCAAGAAAUUGAGACCACAGUUUCAUCUGUAGUGUUGAAUUCAAGAACAGAGCAAGAAACAGAGCCAGAAACACAGAAAAAAACAGAGCCAGAAACAGAGCAAGAAACAGAGCAGGAGAAGGCAAAGAUUAAAAUGCCGGCCGGAGAAGAAGAAGAAGAAGAAGGAGAAGAAGAAGAAGAGGAGGAGGAGAAUAUUGAAUUGCCACCAGAAGAUUGUGAUCUUUUUACAGGGCAAUGGGUUUAUGACAAUGUAACACACCCAAUUUAUAAAGAACCAGAAUGUGAGUUUCUCACAGCACAGGUAACUUGUAUGAGGAAUGGAAGACAUGACUCCAUGUAUCAGAACUGGAGGUGGAAACCCAGAGACUGUUCUUUACCCAAGUUUAAAGCAAAGUUGCUGCUUGAGAAACUGAGGAACAAGAGACUCAUGUUUGUAGGAGACUCGCUGAACAGAAAUCAAUGGGAAUCCAUGGUUUGUUUAGUUCAAUCUGCGGUUCCUCCAGGCAGAAAAAGCUUAAACAAGACUGGUUCUUUGUCUGUUUUCAGGAUUGAGGAUUAUAAUGCUACAGUGGAAUUUUACUGGGCUCCAUUUCUGGUGGAGUCAAAUUCAGAUGACCCAAACAUGCAUAGUAUAUUGAACCGGAUCAUCAUGCCCGAAUCAAUCGAAAAGCAUGGCAAGAACUGGAAGAAUGUCGAUUAUCUCGUCUUCAACACAUACAUUUGGUGGAUGAAUACUUUCGCCAUGAAAGUUCUACGAGGGUCGUUCGAUGAAGGAGCCACAGAAUACAAUGAGAUCGAGAGACCAGUUGCUUAUCGGAGAGUUUUGACAACAUGGUCGCAGUGGGUUGAAAACAAUGUAGAUGUCAAUCACACCAAAGUCUUCUUCAUGAGCAUGUCUCCUCUUCAUAUCAAGAGUUUGGAUUGGAACAAUCCUGAUGGGAUAAAAUGUGCAAAAGAGACGACCCCGGUAUUAAACACGUCAAUGCCGCUAAGUGUUGGGACAGACAAGAGACUAUUUGUGGUUGCAGCAAAUGUUACUCAAUCCAUCCAUGUCCCUGUUUAUUUCCUCAAUAUCACCACCCUAUCGGAGUACAGGAAAGACGCGCACACCUCUGUCCACACCAUCCGACAAGGCAAAAUGCUGACGCCGGAGCAGCAAGCUGAUCCAGCUACCUAUGCUGAUUGCAUUCAUUGGUGCCUCCCUGGAUUGCCCGACACUUGGAAUGAGUUCCUCUAUUCGCGUAUUAUAUCCCAUUCUUGACACUAGGCAUUUUACGUGCAUUUCAAUUAGUCCGGACACCCGGAUAUCUGUUAUCUCAAAUUCUCAAUCCUUCAUUGUGCAGCUCCACUCCAAUUUCUAUAUUUUUUAUUUCCUUUGGGGGGUUUAAGAACCACAGUUCUAAUUUUGGUGUUUUGUUAUUAAUAUUUUUUUUUUGGUCCUUGUUAUCUUUUCCUUAAGAAAAGGAAAAAUCUUGUAGCUGUGACUGCCCAUUUGCCCUGAAAUUUAUGGUCGUCCCAAAUAUCUUGUUGGGCUUUUGUAGUGACUCCCCAUAUCUUUUCGAAGAAAAUAAAGGAAUAAUAGAUAUCCAAGUGACAAGUG